AAUACAUAAUACAUAGUAUAUACUGCAUUGUUCAAUGUUCAUCAAAAUUGUUCAUGUUUUCAUAUUUUUGUCGGUGUGACAUAAUUUAUUAUUUUUGGGAAUAAAUUUUUAGUAAUUUGUUUUUUUAGAUAAUAUGAUACAUAGUUAAACAUUAUUUGUCUACCAUGACAUUAAAAGAUGAAGAUUUAAAGGAGCAAACCAAAAGGUUACGUUUCAAAAAUGUUAGCCAAACAUUUUCGGCAGAACUUGGAGAUAGGCCCAUGAAGGAGACUAGACUUGAUGACGAUAAGAGAGCUUCCUUAUUCACAUUUCUGCAUGUAGAACUUACAAGAGGCUAUUUCUUAGAACAUGAUGAGGAAAGGUUCUCAGCACGACGUGAAAAAGUCUAUUCUUUCAUAAAAAUACCGCAAGAGCUUGAGAAGUUUAUGGCGUAUGGGUUCUUUCAAUGUGCUGACUCUCUACUCUUUAUUUAUACGUUUCUUCCGUUACGAUUUAUUUUGGCCUUUUGGUCAUUUUUGGAUAGAUUAUUUAGGAGAUGUUUUGGGUUCUAUUCAAAUUCACGAUCCAGCAUUCUCAAGCCAGCUGAAACAUGUGAUGUACUUAAAGGAUUUAUUUUAUUAGUAUGUAGUAUUCUCAUGUGUUACAUAGACACAAAUAUGAUGUAUCACCUUGUGAAGAGUCAAAGUGUAAUGAAAUUGUAUAUUUUCUACAAUAUGUUAGAAGUUGGUGACAGAUUAUUCUCAGCAUUUGGACAAGACACAAUAGAUGCACUGUUUUGGACUGCAACAGAACCAAGAGAUAGAAAAAGAGAGCACUUAGGUGUAAUCCCACACCUAAUAUUUGCUAUGAUCUAUGUGUUUCUUCACAGUUUGUUAGUGCUGUUUCAAGCAACAACACUAAAUGUGGCCUUUAAUUCAAACAAUAAGAGCCUUCUCAUCAUAAUGAUGUCAAACAAUUUUGUGGAACUAAAAGGUAGCGUAUUCAAGAAAUUUGACAAAAACAACUUAUUCCAAGUGUCUUGUAGUGAUGUGAGAGAGAGGUUACAUCUCUCCGUCUUGUUGUUUAUUGUUGUUCUUCAAACAAUGAAGGAAUAUGUGUGGAAGGAGGAACGUUUUUGGAUCCUAGCACCGGACUGUGUCCUGGUUUUGACAUUUGAAGUCAUUAUUGACUGGGUGAAGCAUGCUUUUAUUACAAGGUUUAAUGAGAUACCGUUUGGUGUGUACCGCGAGUAUACAGUGAGUUUGGCUUACGAUGUGGCCCAGACUCGGCAGAAAUAUGCGUUUAGCGAUCACUCGGACCUGGUGGCCCGAAGGAUGGGGUUCAUACCACUCCCUUUGGGGGUUGUUAUUACGAGGGUACUGGUGCAUGCCGUAAAGGUUGACGGGUUCGCAGCAGUUUUUCUAAUAUUUGUGGCGUAUUUGUGCCUCAUAACUGUGAGGGUGUUAAUAUCUAUUGUAAUAUUGGGGAAAGCCUGCGACCUGAUCACUUUACACCAGAGCGACAGAGGUGACAGUCAGCAGACAACACCUAAACGAGAGUUUAAAGACUUCAAAGAGGUGUACACACACAAGGUGACAGACAACGAACCGCCAGACCGGAAACGACUUAAGUUUUUAGUUCCCGCUGGUGAUAUUAAAACCGAACCCCGGGUGGACUCUACGGGGGCAGCGGCCAUUUUCUCAAACAGUGCGAUCGAUUUGAACGGGGUGUGUUAUCUAAACGAUAGUCUAAACGAUAACGUCAAGCACGAGCCCGAAUACGAUAACGAAUUGGUUGAAGUGAGCCGUAGCGCGCCAGAUAUAAAUAAAUCUUCGCCAAAUGAGGUGGAGGUGGAAAGGGAUACCUCCCCUGAUGCAGAGGGACUCAGGAGAAGAGCCGAGUCGGAGCCAAAUCUUGCUACGACCGAUGAUGAUGAUAAGUCAUAGGUGAUGAAAAUACAGGGAGUCGGCUAUAUCGAUAUUUUUUUCGCCAAAAUGUAUUUUGUUAUUAUCAUAAAUAGCAAACCCAAUUAUUGAUUUAGCUAAUUAUCAAUUUUGACAGAUUAUGUUAACGUACAAACGUUAUGACAAUUUUCGUAUGCUUUUAAAUUGGUCUCUAGACCCUGACUAUAGACAAUAAAAUACGAUGUUUACGCCACAGACUAUCAAACAAUUUUGCUGAUUUUUAAUCUACCCUAUGUUGAAGUCGAAAUCUUUAGUUUUCGUUUCUUUUAGUUUUAAUGUCAGCGCCAUUGUUUUAUAGGUCAAGAAUGUGAGGUUUAACAUCUUUUGACAGUAUUCUAUUGACAUUGACAAUUCUAUGAACAUUGUGUUAAAUAUGUAUGAAUUUUUUUCUGUGUUUGUCAGCGGUAUAAUAGGCUAUUUGACUGUAUGAAAAACUGUUUUUGAGUAAUUAUUAACAAACGUUGACAGUUGAAUUACGAUUACUACGAUUUACGAGCCGGCAACGCACUUGCGAGGCUUCUAGCAAUUUUUGAAAAUAAAACUUGUUAAAGUCGGUCAAAACUGUGGAACUCGUUACCAUGGUAACCAUUAUUUUAAUCCUGUCAAAUAGCCUAUUCAAAGGUGCCUAGAAUAAAUUCCGAAUUUACGAUUGGUGUAAAAACGUUUAAAUUAUAGUCAAGGCCGUCCUCUCUGUUGCUUGAUUAGAUAAUUUAUUUAAAUACAAUUAAGUCGUGAUUAUCAGCCCGUACAAUGCUGACAUUUUUAUGUUCCUAUAACAUAUAACAAAUGGGGAUAAAACUCUCUAUACACCAAUAAGCUGGCAGAUUAUUUUAUGGCAAUAGUUUUAACUUUAUGCCAGUUUCAAGUAAAAGGCUGGCAGGUUCUACUUGUGUAAUUUUUUUCGUUAGGAGCGCGGGGUUUUGUAUAUCAAUGUUUUUUCGUAUUAAAUUUCACAAAUGUUGACACAUUUUUCCCUUUGGUCCCAUUUAUAAUGGAAACCUGUGCCUGUACUUCUCUUCUUUUGGUCUUUCCUUUAGCCGUUAGUCUCGUGCAGCUGUCCCGUGCUAGAUGCACCAACUCUUCUGCAGUCGCAAUUCUCGUUUCUUUACGAUGCAAUUACUGUUCUUGUACCAACACGCCUUUACCUAUUCUAUGGAGAUCACGUGAUUAUUUUUAGGACGCGUGACCAAGGAACGCCCAGAUUGUUUGAUGUUCUGCAUUUUCUGCAAAUCUCCUGGUCAAUUGGCUGCAGUCCCAUAAAAACACAUCUUUGAGUGGUGCAGCCACCACAUAAGUCUUAUUAAUAUGAUGAAAGUACAUACAUAUAUGCGCUAUAUCUGAUUUUUAAGGAUUGGUAAGCACAGACCGAUGUGAUAAACGAAAUGACGGAGAAAUUUGUCAGUCCUGCAUGUAAUUUUUGUAAACUUAGCUAUAAAGAUUCAUAAAAAAAUCAGUUAAAAACUGUUAAAUAAAGUAUUUUAGCUCCGUCGACUUCACAAAUUAAAGACGUAAACCGCCUAAAUGAAAAACCUAUAUGAAUCAUCUUAGUUUUUCAAUAAUGGUCGCUCGAUUGCUUUGUCAAAUGGUGGACCUAUCGUUGUCUCUUUUCCUCACAGUGAAGACAAUAUGAUAGAAUGAGACAACUCUAUAAUCUUUCUGUAGUGUUUAUCCUAAGGGCGGUUUUUAAAAUGUUUAGGAAUAAUUUGUGUUUUAAUUGCUGUGGGAAUAUUAGCCAUUUACAAUGUUUGAAACGUAUGUAAGUAGGUUUAUAUUGAAAGAUAUAAAUUUCCCUAGUCGAAUAGUUUAAUUGGUGCGAGAUUUAAUAUAUUGGUUGUAUACAUUUGGAGUUUUGUAUUUUUAAGUAAUAAGGGUUGACAUUUAUUCGCGGAAUUUGAUGACAUUUAUUAAAUUUAAUUGGCCUGGUAAUGUAGUACAAAAAUUCUUUUGGCAUUAUGUUUAGUUGAUAUAAUUAAAUUAUGGUGCAAAAUUCCUUUAUUCCUCCCGUAUUUUUCCUUUAAGAGUUUAGUCCUUUUAGUUCGUUAAUUAAAAACCGCGCGUUUGUAUUUUUGAAAAUAAGUAUUUAUUAAAUUGAAUUAUUGUAAAUACAAAUAAAUAUACAUACGUUUAUA